AUGACCGAAUUUCCCCCGACUCCCACUUCCACUGUCCCUUGGGAGAAGAUGAAUCUCAAAUUUCAAGAAGUCAACGGUCACAUCGAAGCUACCCACUCCAAGAAGACGGGCGAAUGGACGCCACUUAUAUUUGUCCCCAGUCCCCAUGUGAAAAUCCAUGGAAUGUCGCCUCCCCUUAACUAUGGGCAGGAAGUCCUCGAAGGCCUAAAAGCCUUCCGCCACCCUGGCUCUCCUGGCUCAAUCUCCCUUUUCCACCCUGAUAUGAACGCCCAUCGCUUCCAACGGCCUGCCAGUGCACUAGACCUGCCAAUCAUGCCUGUGGACAUGUUUCUUCAGGCUUGUCGCGCAGCCGUUGCGCUCAAUGCCGAAUUUGUCCCGCCUCAUGGUUUUGGCGGAGCCAUGUAUGUGAGACCACAGCUAUACGGGUCUAGUCCGCAGCUUGGACUCACGGCAACGGAUCAGACGACCUUCUGUGUUUUUGUUGUCCCGACAGGAGUGCAAGAGAAAGCACAAGCAAUGAAAGCUUUGAUCGUUGAUGACUUUGACUGCGCCGCGCCGCGAGGGACUGGUCAUGUUAAGAUUGGUGGAAAUUAUGCUCCUGUGAUGCGGUGGGCAAAACAAUCAAAAGCUGCCGGAUAUGGUGUGACGCUGCACCUAGACAGCGCACGACAUGAAGACAUCGAUGAGUUUAGCACCAGUGCGUUCAUAGGCGCCCGCUAUGCUUCAGGUGCAGACAACGAGCCAGGCGACAAGGUGACGAUUGUGGUGUCAGACUCGCCAUAUGUCAUAGAGAGCGUGACUUGUGACACCGUUCAAAAGAUUGCGCGAAGCUUUGGAUGGACUGUAGAGAAGCGGGCUAUAUCAUAUAAGGAACUACCUAACUUUAGUGAAGUCAUGGGUGCACACAACGAAUGA